GUUCUCUUGAGAGUGUUGAACUAGACCCCAGAGGUUACCUUUUUUAUCAUUCUAAGCGUACCAAAGUUGUUUGGUGCAGGUGGAAAUGAGUAUGGACAGUGUAGUGAAGAACCUGAGCGGAAAGAUGACACUGGUAGACCUUUGAGAAGGGAUAUAGUGAUCCCUCAGUGCUGUGCACCGAAGCUUGUAGUCCGCCAGGUAGCUGCUGGGGGUACUCACUCUGUGGUACUUACACAUGAUGGGCAAGUAUGGACCUGGGGUCAGCCGUGGCCUCCAGGAGACAUGUCUUGAUGCAGUGAAGCUCAUUGCAGUUGGGGCAUUUCAUAAUUUGGCUCUUCAAGAGGAUGGUACUUUAUGGGCAUGGGGUAACAAUGAAUAUGGACAGCUUGGAACUGGAGAUACCCAGCGUAGAUCACAACCUAUUCCUGUCCAGGGUCUUUCUGGUCUUACUUUGAUUUUGGUUCGGCAGAUUUGGGAGCAUGUGAUGUAUUGGUGUGAAAAAUGUGCAUAGGCUUAAGGCAGAAGUGGGGCAUCUAUAGAGGUGAACUUAUGUGGCAGUUAGUUGGGCUUGCUGAUACAGACCUGGGUUUCCUUUGACACAUACCUUUAGCGAUAGAAACAUUUAAAACUGCAUGUAUGAUAUCUUGCAAAAACAGUUUUGAAGACAUGGGUAUGUUUCUUUGUGAAGCCCUGAAAAAAUCCCUUUAUAUCAUUUAAAAGAACUGAAAAUGCAAGUGUGUUAGUCACAAAAUAUU